CACCGCCAGACAAGUUGCCAUAUCGAAAAGUUUUCUUCAAAAAGCUGCCUUUGCCUUGCCUUUCUUCCAACCCAGCUAAUGAAAACCUAGCUAGCUACAAAACCCAAUAGCCAUAUUCAGCGCAAGGAUCAUUUUCCAGGUAUCCAAACAAUAUAAUUACGAUGUGGCUUAGCUUGGCAAGACUGAGGCGAAACAUGCAGAACAUAAGGAAAAGCCCAAGAGUAGCAGAUGAAAGCAUGUUUGGAGGUAGGAAUAUUAAUAAUGGAGCUGAGUACCCAAUCUUUGUUCGCUAUACGGAGAGAGUACCACACAGACGGAGCAGUGGGUUUUCUGCUAUGUUUAGGAUUGUUCUUGCACCAUUAUCGCCUCUUUCUUGCUUCUCGCAACAUCAUCCCAGUACUGGUGGUGAUGGGCUGUGGGUUUCUGGUGGUGAGUUUGCUCAGUUGUCGGAGAUGAAUCAUCUUAUGGUAAAUGAUAGUAUACGCUAUGCAAUCUUGAUGUAGAAACAUGCAUAAUUACAAAAUAUAUAUAUAGCUUUUGUUGGUUUUAGAGGAAAAUAAUGCAAAUUUUGUUCAACUUACGUGCUGCUUGGAAUGGAUAUAUUAAAGAAAAUUAAUGGCCUUCUA